UCACCACUAUCCACCCUUCAUAAGAAACACUUUUCAGAGCAAUUUCACUGGCCAGUAAUCCUGACGAUGUUUUGGUUUGUUUGUUUUCAGGAUUGAAUUCACCAGGUCAUUCAGACCAUUCUUCUCAAAUUCCUCACUUUCGUUUUCACUCCAUUUACUUCUAUUGCAACUCCAACCAAUGAAUUGAUAUUCCCUGAUGAGAUCAUAAUAGAGAUCCUAUUACAACUGUCCCCUAAGUCAUUGUCAAAAUUCACGUGUGUUUCAAAUCCAUGGAGACAAUUGAUUUCUAGUCCUGAUUUUGUGAAAAGUCAUCUCAAUUUAAACAAAGAAUGCAACCAUUAUAGGGUUUUAUAUCCAGGGAUGAAUGGAAAUUUCAAGGUUUGUUCUCUUCCUGCCCUAUUUAACAAACAACAACUCAUUGAGGAGCUAUUUGACGUGGACUGUCCCACUUCAUCAGCUAUCAUAUUAGGGUCUGCCAAUGGACUCAUUUGUCUGUUCAAUCCAAAGGACACAUAUAUAUGGAACCCCACCAUUAGCAAGUCAAAGAAAUUACUUAAUUUGAGGUGGGGUUCCUCUUUCCCUGCCAAAUAUGGUUUUGGAUAUGAUGAGUCACGUGACAUUUAUAAAGUUCUAUUUAUCGGUUAUUGUUGUAAUUCUUCCCGUCAUCUGGUCAAUAUUUACAGUUUGAGGACUGAUUCUUGGACUCCAGUCCAUGUGCAGUUUCAGGGCAUAUUUCUAAUUAAUCGUUCAUGUAAAUUUAUCUAUGGGAAGCUUUAUUGGGCUUCAUCAUCUACUGGCAUCUGUAAUUACAUCAUGUGCAAAAUUAUUUCUUUUGACUUAGCAAAAGAGACAUGGGGAAGGUUGGAUCUUCCCAUUGAUGGAGAGGCCGAUUCACAUUUUAGACUAGGAGUUAUUGGAAGUGACCUUUCUUUCCUCUAUACAUGUCAUCUAGGUGCUACUACUUCUGAUGUCUGGAUUUUGAAGGAUUGCAGAUUUUGGAAAAAAAAUUUCACCAUUAAAUAUCCUCAACUUGCUUCGCUAUAUAUAUUUUGUUCACAAGGUUACACAUUCUCUAUUCAUUUUCGCCAAUCAAGUAAUGGUGACAUUUUAAUUUUGGCUACCCCAUUUAUGAUGAUAUUCGAUGGUUCAACCAGAAAACUAGAGCACACUACUGAAGUUGAGAAAUGCAAUCCUGUAGAAAUCUAUGUAGAGAGCCUUGUUAAUCCUCAAACGAUAUCUAACCAGGGACAUCAUUAGCUGAUAACCUGUAAGAAUUCAGCUUAAUAUGCUCCUUUUGCACUUUUUUAUA